CUGGUCACGUCACGAGGACACGAAGGAUAAACGGGCGAUAAGAGAAUAGCCGAUAAGAGCUCCACCCAGUCGCAGAAAACAUGUAAUUCACCCAGUAGCGAUCGAAACACUUUUUUUAUUUUCCACUCGCAACACAACCACCGCACCCCCACCCACGCCCCCAAGGAGCAGACGCCGCAAGAUGGACCACAACGAGAUCUCCAUGAGCAUGGACGUCAAACUGGAUACACACGACAAGCGCCCAGUGGCGCUGCGCUACAAGACGUGGACCCGCUGCCAGGUGAAAAUCGAGGCCAUCAAGUGUGUGCCCUGCUUCCUGCGGCUCAGCUUCCAGGCCCAAGAGGCGGAGCCCCACGAGUCGCAUCCCGCCAAACCGGUAAGCGUCUCCGUGAACGUUCCGGGCGUAAGCCUAAGCCUGGCCACCUCGCGCACUAAGCAGCACUCCUAUGGGCUCUUCUGGACGCAGAACCGCCGCGACUGCUUCAUUUACUUCGCCCUGGAGACGGAGACCUCCUGUCGGCGCCACAUGAAGUGGAUGCGGAAGUCCAUCAAAAACCUGGAGCUGUACCGGCAGGUUUUCCUCGAGCAGCGCCGCCUUAGCAGAGGUCCUGGGGCUCUAGGCCCGCUGCCCAAUCUGCCAGACUCCUUGGACGCCAGUAAUCUCUCGCCGCGAGUAUCGCAGAUCUACGAGGAGAUCUUCGACGGCAGCCGCAUCUCCCGCGUCUCCAUCGCCUCGGGCAUCUACGAGGAGAUGAAGCCAUCGGCCAUGGAAAAAACACCCUCGCCGCCGCCUCUUCCCGCACAUCCCCACCGCCAGCGCAUCAACACUUUUGAGUGCGAUAUUCCGCGCUCCAGUACCAAUCCAGAGUCGGAGCUGGCUAAGAAAAAGAAGUAUAAAAACAUGCUGGACAGUCUGUUUGGGGGACCGCGCCAAAAGGGUUCCAGCAGCAACAAUGAACUGGCAAACGAGCCCAACAAUGAGGCCCUACCGCUCUACGAGAAUGCUCCCACCCCGGAGCCAGUACUCCCGUCAAAGCGCUCAUCCCAGUUGAGCAAGUCGCAGCGCAACAGCUUCUCGAGUCCGGACCUCUCCAAACUCAAUUUUCUGGACACCUUCGGUGAAUAUUUUGGAGCACAGAACCACGAGUCGAGCCUGGAGCUUAACAUCAGUCUAGAUGAGUCGGUCAUUGAACCCAUAUCACGAAAUCAGAUUGUGGCGCAAAUCACUAGCCAACUGAGUAAACCCGACUCACUGGAGAGCUUGAACGUUUCCGAGCAACUGCCUUACAAUUUCAACUUUUCCGCCUGCAACACGUCCACAAUUAAUCUCAUCGGAUCCCACGGAGCUGUUCCGCAGAGUAAUCUGCUUAAGAAAAACAAGAUCCUGGAGGACGAUCUCACGGGAUACUGCGUAAUGGCGCCAAUUUUGAAGCCGGCGGCGGUGAAGGAACUGCCACCGCAGCCAUCCGGCAGCACAGCAUCCACUUCCUCCGGCUAUUCCACGGGUUCAUACAGCUCAUCUUCCAGCAGCUGCAACACAGAGGACCAACCCACCAAGACCCAAGUGGCCAACGAGAGUGACAUUUACGAAGCCAUGCACGGCAGCUCUCUGAACAGCACCGUCGGAGCGGCUGCAGCUGGGUUUGCGGAGCAUCUAUACGAGAAUCUGUUGGCUGUCAAGGCGGCACAGGAGCUGGAGGCGCAGCCACUCGGCGUCGGACUGAGCACCAGCACACCCACCGAAUCUCCGUUGGCACCAGCGUUGCCGCAGAAGGGAACGCCCAAGGAGAAGACAAUUCAGCAGAAGCCAGAGGAGGAGGAGGACUACUACCAGACCCCGAGGAAGUCAAUCAUCAGUGUGGACGACAAGAUACCCUCCUACUAUCCCAACAGCUGCGACUCCCUCAAGUCAAAGCGACGCAGUCCCGCCGAACAUGGACCCAGCCUAAGGCACUUGGUCAGUUCCAAGUUGCGACGCGAGCGAAAGGAGAACCUUUACAUUUCAUCGCCGCAGCAUAUCAUCGAACAGCGCCACAAGGCGGCUUCCAUCUCAUCAUCAUCAGCCAAGACUAAUAUCUCAACCAAGAAGACUGCCGCCCACAAGAUCUCCGAGAGCGUUUAUGCCGUCACCCAUCCAGUCAAGCGCCCGAAUAGCACCAAUAGUAAUAACACCCACCAAAACAACAACAACAACAAUAACAAUGAAGGCGUGGAUGACGAACUGCUACAUCUGACCUUGCUAAAGAACAUUGAUUUUAAAUUCGACGACGGCCAAGCUGUCAAGGAUUCUGGCCAGGCGAAGCCAGCGAAUGUUCCCUGCGUUCAGCCAAAGCUGGAGGAGGGGAUCGAGGAUCACUCUCAGGCGGCGGAGCAGGCCACGCGACUCCUGCAGAAGUACGCCACACUGGCUAAGUUCGGACAUUCGCCGAGCAAAACCAAGCAGGCAGCUGCCCAGCCACAGCCCAUGAUACAAUCGGUGGCCACGUCCAACGAGUUGCAGCCACCAGGAGGCAGCAUGAAGAAGUUUGCCUCGCUGCCACGGUUCAAGAAAAUUGACUUUUCGCCGCUGAAGAUGAGGCUGAACAACGUCUUGCAGAGAAAUCCUCCGUCGCCGCAGCAGUAGCGCAGAUUUGGUCCACUUUUCCGAAUCCUUGCUGAACACUUCGCUGUGAAGGCACACUGCUUUUUAUGAAUUUCGCUUAUUAUUAUGUUUUAGGUUCUUGUGAAUGUGAUCUGCCCACCACUUUUGUGUUAGUUGGACAAGUUGAUGUCAUCAGCUUACUAUUAUGUUAUCCAAGUAUGUAAUACGCUUUCCCACGAUGCACUUAGUCUUAAGCCUUAUAGGUUGAUCGCGCUUUGUCAAACGUUAUUUAACGAAUCAUAUCCGGCUCCAUUUAAGGAGCCCAACUAGUAUUACUGUUGUGAACUAACGAUGAAUGUCUAGAUUUAUACAUAUGAAUAUGCUCAAUUAUGGAAAUUUACAAGAACGCUUUUAUACAAUUUAAACAAAAACCAUAUUGUUGACUCAUUUAGGCGCCUCGUUGUUGAAAAGAAACUAAAUUUAGCUAAACAAGUUUAAAUUCUACACAUUAUAUUCAUAAAAAAAAUGGAAUUACGACGUACCGGGUAUUUUGGGACGACGUAAGCCUAAAACUACGCUUUUUGGCUUCGCAUAACAUAUCAGAAAUUAGUUAAUCCUACGAAAAAAUGCUUCAACAUAGCAUAACCAAAGCUAAACUGUACCGUGACUAAAACAUAAGCUUAAAAAUAGAUAUUUGCUGCAAACGAAAUAAACUUUACAACCAACUGAA